AUAAACGUCGAACUAAAAAAUCCACACACCCUCAAACAAAUCUCAACGAGAGCAGGGGAUGCAAAUAAACAACAGUUUUAACAGUCUUCCAUUUCAGACACAAUCUUCUCUAAAACACAAUGGUCUGUGCCUGUACUAGCCACGUGUAACAAGGAAUAUCAAUUGAAAGCAAAUUACUUGUGCUAGCCAAAAGCUUCAGGCAGCAAAAAAGUGUGAACUCUCUUCGCAACCGCAGCUGAGCUCGGCCCGCAGCAUUUUUUAUCCAUGGUUGGUAUCCCGGCUUCAAAAAAAAAGAAUCAAUCAAUGCACACCGCUAUCAAUUCCACUCCCAGUUAGUUUUUACACCCUAAAAUGCCAUGCUCCCUAUAAUACACAAAUUAAGUAUUUUGGACAACUUUGUUCAUAUUAAAUAAACAACUAGAUAUUGGUGACAUUAGAAGCUUUCAUGAACACACGCUCGUUUAGUUAGCCUGCAAAUCUCCUGCGGUUUUUAUUGAAACCAAGGAAAAAUAGGCUGACGAGACAGGAGGUUACACGCGCAACGACGCACAAUAUUCAGUAUGAGAGAUCUAAUCACACAUGUUGGCACAGACUAUGCUGCAUUUGCUAUUACAGGAGUGCUUGCUUUAAUUGUCACACUGGUAUACUUGUGGUGGAAUGAGAGAUCUGCAGGUAAAUUAUCAUGUCCUGGAUUGACAUCAGAGGAUGAAGAAUUGGGAAAUCUAGGCUCGCUCACCAAGGAUGGGGGAUUGCAUCAAUUCUUAAAUGACAACCACAAGAAAUUUGGUCCAAUUUUCAGUUUUUAUUGGGGCAAAGAAUUGGCUGUAAGUUUAGGAUCACCAGCAUUAUGGAAAGAUAUUCAAACACUAUUUGAUCGACCUGUCCACCAAUUCGAACUUUUUAAACCAUUAAUUGGAGAAUCAAGCAUUCAGUACUUGAAUGGUCCAUUGGGACGAAAACACAGACAGAUACACGACAGACACUUCAGUUUCUCUGCUAUUAAAAGUUAUUUCCAUGUUUUCAAUGAGGCUAGCGAAGAACUUAUGAAGAAACUAUCAACAUUGAAUACAGAUGAACAUAUACAGUUAAGACAAUACUUGUUUGUGGUUGCCAUGAAGUCUUUAGUGAGGACAUCCUUUGGUAAUGAAUAUUUCAAAUCAAAUAAAGAGUGCAUUGAACUUUCUACUGCAUAUGACACGUGUUGGGAAGAUAUGGAGAGUCGUCUCGAUGGUGAUAUGCCAGAACCCGGAAGUGAAAGACAAAAGGCCUUUGAUGAUGCAUUGACUGUGAUAAAAGACAAAGCAAUGAAAGUGAUUGAACAAAGAAGAACAUUAAAAGAAAAGACAACUUAUAAUCUUUUAGAUGUUAUGUUAGAAAAAGAAGAAUUGUAUCCUCACGAUGAGCAGUUGGUGGAUAUGGUGAUAACAUAUUUGAUCGGUGGUUUUCAUACUACUGGAAAUCUACUUACAUGGACAUUUUAUUUUCUUUGUCGACAUCCUGAGGUCGAAGAGAAAUUAUUGGCUGAAUUAAAGGAAGUACUAGGUGACGAAACAAUCUCAAUGAGUCAUAUGGACAAAUUGACGUACACUCGGCAAAUAAUAGACGAAACUUUGAGAUGUUCUGUUCUUGCACCCUAUGCUGCUCGAUACUCUGAAUAUGAUAUUGUAGUAGGCGGCCACAUCAUUCCAAAAUUGACACCAUUGAUAAUCUCUUUGGGAACUGUAUUGGAAGAUGAGAAUAUUUGGCCAGAACCAAAGAAAUUUGAUCCUGAUCGAUUCAGUCCAGAAAAACUCAAAGAAAGACCAAACAUGGCGUUUGAACCAUUUGGAUUUGCUGGUAAACGUAAAUGUCCUGGUUAUCGUUUUGCGUACUUCGACACAACAGUUUUUCUUGUGGAUAUAAUCCGUAAAUUUAAAGUCAAACUUGUGGAGGGGCAGAAUAUCACCAUGCAACAUAGAUUAGUCACACAACCAAAAGAAGCUGUUUGGUUUAAAAUGGAACCACGUAAUUGAAGCAAACAUGCAAACUAACAUAUAAAUUUUAACUAUUCUUUGGUGUUAAUUUUAUUAAUGAAAUUUAUUUAAAUACAUUAUAGCAAUAAAAAAUAA